AUGGAUGUUGAUGAAAGCAGUCAUGGCGACCAGAGCUCAGCCCGAACGACAAGAAGCUCAAGGUCAAUCCCCAUAAGACUGUAUUCAACUCGACCGCUGCCACAAAGGGCUCCAUCCGACGAAGUCCCCGAAAGUGAUCCCGAGCAAGGAGAUGUCGAGGAUGAGGGGGAGGAGGGUAAGGGAUCAGACAACGAAGAAUACGAGCACCAACAACAUGAACUUAACCAAAGCAAAAAUGACAACCACCAAUAUCCUCUAGCACACCAAAAUCUUAACCUCACCACCUCUUCCCAGCCCCGCCGAGCUUCUUAUUUGUCGACCUCCUCCCUCAACAGCCUCUACAGCCCCUCUAUCUCCUCUAUCUCCUCUAACUCCUCGCAUGCCCACCAACCCCAACAAACCCACAAAGCAUUCCCCGCCUUCGCCUCAACCCCCCACCGUCAUCCUCCACACAGCAUCAUCCCCCCAACUCCGUCACAACCCCUUCCCCUUCUCAGCUCGCCACUCAAACGCCCCCGGGCUCGUGGAGGGAGUUCAGCAUCCUCCUCUCCAGGAGGCGCCUCCGAUUACGACAGCCACGGUCCUGAGAUGGUAGGUGUAGAGGAAGAGAAAGAGGAGGGGUCAGAACAACCCCCCCCAAAACGCCUCCGCCACCCCCCCACAAGUUACAACCCGUCCUACCUCGCCCUGCUCAACGACGAGAUCCUCUCUGCCGCAGAGCAUUUCACUCCGCAGCACGACUGGGACACUCCUUUACAGCCCUCCCAGAUUGGGCUAAUCUACUGGACGGAUACCGAGAAAACACUCUUCUUCGAGGCACUUGCCAGAUUAGGACCACAAAACGCGAAGGGGAUCGCAGAGCGGGUACGCACGAAGGGGGAACUAGAAGUGAUGGAGUACAUCCGCCUGCUGCAAGAAGAACGUGAUAAGUGGAAGAGGGAUGACGUGGUUGUUUUGCCGGAAGAAGUCCCCGCCGCGGUGGAACUAACCCAAGCGUGUUGUGCCGCGCUGGAGGAGGCCGCUGAUGCUGUGGCCGCGAGGCAAGAGACUUAUGAGGAGGGUGUCGAAAAGAAGAAGUGGGGAAGCGGGGUGUGGCUUGUGACGGAGGGGAACUUAGACUUGGUGGAAAGGGAUGGGCGGCUUAGAGAGGCGGCGGAGGUGUUUAGGUUGAGAAAUUGGUUGCGGCUCAGCGAGAGGAUAUUUAUGAACUCUACCGUGGAGGACUAUAAUUGGGUGUUUGUUCCCACUGAGGACGGCGAGCCGAGGAAGCCUGCGAUCCGGGCGACCGCGGUGCAGGAUUUUCACGCGAUUGUUGUGUCACUUGUCAGGAGAGUUGUUGCGGCGGCAUUGUAUGUGGCCGAAUCGAGGAUACGGAUUAAGAAGAGGAUACAUCCGAGGACGAGGGCGUGGGUGAAGCCGAAGGACGUCGAGGCCGCUGUCUUGUCGUUGGGGUUGAGGACAAGGGCGGAUAAGUGGAGGAGGUUUUGGGCGACGUGCGCGAGGAGGUUGAGGAUUGAUGUGGUCGAUCAAGGGGAAGGGGAUGAAGAAAAGGUGAUGGAUUUUGCUGAAGUCGAGAGGGCGUUGGGUGUUGAGCCAGAAGUGAUACCCCGUUAUGAAGACGAAGACAUGUCCUCCUCUGAAGAUGAAGGAUCGGAAGAAGAGGACCUCCCUAACCUAAAAGACGAACCCUCCUCCCCAGCAUCCAACACCUCCAUCGACCUCGCCGAGGCCCCCUCCCGCCCUCCCUCUGCAACCUUUGCCAAAGAAGAAACACCCUCAGAUCCUGAAGAUGAAAAUGAAAAAGCCACCAUCGACCGUGAGCUACUCGAACUCCUGCACCACUCCGCCCUGGAACUGCCCAGUUCCCGCCGGGCGCGUGAUGCCCUGCGCAAGCGCCUGCGGGCUGAACUCCGACACGAGGCGCAUGCCGAUAAGCUCGACAUGAUUGCGUCACAGAGAGAAGAAAGGAUGUUGUGGGCGUUGUUGGGCAAGGAACCACCUGUUCCGUUAGGCGAGGAUUGGGAGGAGGGAGUGGAGGAGGAUAAGGUGAAGGGGCUGGGAAGACGGACUGUGGAAGAGGUUGUUCGAGCGUACAAGAGGGGAGGCGGUUCACGUAGAGGGAUAUCGGAGGCGCCAAGUCGGUGGGAGAUGGAGUGGAAGUUGGAAGAGCAGAGACGCGAAGAAGUGGGCGAGAAGCACUGA